AUGGCCCAGCACGCCGAAGCGUCGACCAUUCCUUCGGUCAAAGAUCUUGCCAGUAGCGACUGUAGCGAACUUGCCUUCGCACCAAAUCAAAAGCAAUCCCAUCCCAUUGGAUUUCGUCCUGGUCCGUCCACUGACUCUCCAAACCGAGUAGAAGCAUCCAAGCGCCGCGCGUGUCUCAACACCAUCAUAUCAUUCCUCAAUGAUCAGAACACCUCGUCACCAGUAACACUAACCGAAAGCCUCCAACUCUGGCGUGGCUUCUACGUGGCGCUCUACAUGCACGACAGCAAGAACGCGCUCUCGGUUCAGAGACUCGCCGCCGAACUGGCCGCCACGCUGAGGAUCAUGGACGAAAAGGACCACGAAUCCCCAGCAGCUUCGGCCCCGGGAUCAGACGCUCAGAGCCACCCGUGGCUCGACGUGUGGACCACCGCCUUUUGGGAAACCGUGUGCAGGGAAUGGUCCUCGAUCGACCAGUGGCGCAUGAACAAAGUCCUGCUGCUGGUGCGGUUCUUUGUGCGAGAACUGUUCAGCCUCGCAUUCGGUUGGGCCACCAACACGGACGCAUCGGCAUCGACAUCGACACCGCAAAGUCUAGUAGCGAGUCAACUCCAGAUCCUGGAAAAUUGGCCUCUCAGUCCGCGCGAGCGCAAGGUGCCCGAUGGCCUGAGACUCCACGUCCUGGACGUCUGGGUGGACGAGCUCGCCGGCCAAUUCGACGCAGCCCAAAGGGACGUGGCCGUGGCCGAGUCCGAGCAGCAGAGUGACGAUGGCGACGCCGUAGCCGACGCUCAGAAAGUGAAAACGGUCCUCCUCGACACAGCCAAGGCUUUCAUGGCCCCUGUGGAAAAGUUGAGCAAAGAAGCUCUCAGCAGGGGGGUCAAGGUCAGGGCGAAGGAGGCUAUCCAGCUGGCCGAGGAGAAAUUUUCAUGA